GUUGCUGAACAAAUAAAGAAUAUGCCAGUUUAUGACAAUAUAUUUCAUGAACCAAACUUCAUUGAACAAACAAAUAAUAAAUUAAUUAAUGACAAUAUUGUUCAUGAUUUAUAUGCUUCUUUGUCUUUGCCACAGAUUCAUGUAG